CUGAAAUCAAGAUCUGUCAGAGUCAGAGUGGAACCUUCUGUAACCCACAGAACCCAUGAUACUCAGGAUAAUGGAUUUGUUCUCGUUACUGGUGAAUUCUGUUUUUUUCCUCUUGUUUGUUCUCUUCGUCUCCUCAAUGUGGCUGAAGAAGAAGAGGUACAGUUCCCUCCCCCCAGGACCCUCCCCAUGGCCUCUCCUGGGGACCCCCCAAUACGUCAUCAAGGGAUCAGCUACCAGACAUUACCCAGAGCUAUGUAAGAAAUAUGGCUCAGUAUUCACAGUUUGGAAACUGACGGAGCCGGUUGUGGUUCUUUGUGGUUAUGAGACAGUGAAAGAUGCCCUGGUGACGCACUCAGAGCAGUUCAGUGCACGUCCGCACAACCCUGUGAUACACAUGUUCAGCAAAGGAUACAGUUUUGGGACUGAAAACGGCCAACUCUGGCGUCACCUAAGGCGCUUCAUGUUGACAUCUCUGAGGAAUUUUGGGAUGGGAAAAAAAUCUAUGGAGGAUCGAGUUCUAAACGAAGCACAGUACCUGCUGGCAGUGAUCUCUGAAACGAAAGGAGUGCCCUUUAUGCUGCGCCAACACAUUGCAUGCACUAUAACCAACAUCAUCAGCACAAUUUUGUACGGAAAACGCUAUGAUUACCGGGACAAAGAGCUGUUGGACCUUACAGAAACAAUAAGAAAGCACUUAAGUAAUUUUCAAUCAAAAUUCCACCAGUUGUGCAAUAUAUUCCCAUUUCUACUGUACAUUCCAGCCAUCAGGAACCAUGUCUUCCACUCAAGCUUGUACCUGCAGUCAUUUCUUAAAAAGGAGAUUAAACUUCACAAGCAGACCCUGAACACAAACACUUGCAGAGAUUUCAUGGACUACUUCCUACUGAAGAUUAAAGAGGAGGGACCAGAUUCAGGAUCCUAUUUAUGUGAUACUGGGCUUCUUAUGAUAACCAUGGGUCUGCUAGCAGCGGGGACGGACACUAUCUCUAACAGCCUGACGUACAGCGUGGUUUGUAUGGCUCACUUCCCUGAUGUCCAGGCAAAAGUACAAAAGGAGAUAGAUGAGGUUACAGGGUCUCUACGCCCUGCUGGGAUGAUGGAUAAAGCACAAAUGCCGUACACCAAUGCCGUUAUUCAUGAAACCCAGCGGUUCCUAAACCUGGUGACUGAAGGAAUCGGUCAUGCAGUAACCAUGGAUACGCAGUUCCAUGGAUUCACCAUCCCAAAGGGCACAACCAUUAUCUCUUUCUUCUCUUCAGUGCUGAAUGACCCAACACAGUGGGAGACUCCUGAUGAGUUCAACCCAGGCCAUUUUCUUGAUGAUAAGGGUCAGUUUCAGACAAGACCAGCGUUUAUGGCGUUCUCUGCAGGAAAGCGCGUGUGUCUCGGAGAGAACCUGGCCCGCAUGGAGCUCUUUCUCCUCUUCUGCUCCCUACUUCAGAGAUUCACGUUCAGCUUUGCUCCAGGGAACAAGCCCCAUAGUGUGAAAUCUCUUAGAGAGAACAAGUUCAUGUUUAUCUCGUCUUCCCAGCUCUGUGCCAUUCCACGGAACUCUUCAUCCAAUUGACAGUGACCACUGUAUAUAUUCACAAUAUGACGAACAAAUGGAACGCACAAGAUCUCUGUACACUGAAGUAUUGUUAACAAAAGCAAGUUAUGGUCCUAGAGUGAAUACAACAUAUUGUGAUACCUUUUAUUGGGCUAAAUGAUUCAUAAAACUAUAUAUACUACAUUGAAUAAGCCUUCAAGACCUCAAAGCUACAUUUUUUAGAUAUAAGGGGUGAUUAUAAUCUUAUAGAAAAAUAUAUCUAAUGGUUUUCUACAGAAAAAAACAUCUAUUAAGUCUGUUUAAUUUCUGUAGUUAAAUCAGUUGAUAUGUUUUCUUUAAGGAUUGUGAUUCACCCCAUAAUCAGCCUAUAGGUCCUGAUGAUGAAAAGCUCGCCACCAUGGAGAGAAACCACACAAAAUCUUUUAGAUCUUAUAUUUUAAUAUAGAAGUCUCUCCUUCACAUACAGAGAACCCCACAGAGUCAAGAUAUAAAUUGUGUUUGAGUUACCUGCCCAUACUGAUAAGACUUAUUAGAUCAUCUCGUCUGAGAGGAGAUCUUUAGAUCAUAAGGCCCAUGGUGAGAUGUCACUAUUUGUGUAUGUUGCAGUAGACAAUAAAGUGAUUCUAGGGUAGUGGAGGGAGAACAUGAAAUAUGGGGAGAGAUAAAAUAUCAGGAAAAAAGGAGAAUUAAAGGGACAAGAGAAGAAAUGUGAAGGGAAGAGAAAAAUGUAAAAUAUAAAGACAACAUGUAAGAGAAACACAGAUAAAGUAUAAAGGAUGUAGAGAAUAAAUUAUGCAUCAAACUGAGAGUUACCAUUAGUAUUAAGUUUGGGGCCGUUAAGGUCCUCUCCUUAUUGUUUGCACCACAGACACAGGGCUAGAUUUUAUAAAGCUCUCGGGUCUGGUAAAAUUCUAUAAGAAUGCUCUCUAGUUUUAUCUACUUCUCUAGUGGAAUUAUAUAAAGCCACCUUUUUACCAUGAAAACAGGGUGUCUCACUAUGGAGUGUAUACUGUAUUUUAGUAUGAGAAGGAGAUACAGACAUUACAAAAGUGCACAAUGAAAAUCGUAAUUUAAAAAUCAAACAAAAUGCAUAAUUGAACCAUUCACACAAAAAUACUAAGGAAAAAUUGAUUAUUAAAGCUGCAUCAAAAAUUGUAUUUUAUAAAAAACAUAAAUAUUGUAUUUAAAUUACGCAGAAUUUAAGUUACAAUUUGGAAAAAAUCCAACACAUAAUUAAAAUGGGCUGAACAAGGCCAUUCGAUGGGAGUACAUGAAAUUGUUUUUUAAAUCCCAUUCUAAUUCUAUAAAUGUUUCCCCCUACAGAUCUCACUGUUUUUUCUGGUAACUUAAAAGUUGGCAAGCUUUUGUCAAAAUACUCAAACACUUAUUACUCUGAAAGGGGAACCUAUGCAUACAAAAAUAACUGCAAAUUUAAGGUACAGUGCAAUGAAAACAGCGUCCUUUGAUUUGUAAUGAAGGUGAAACAUACUCCAGGGUCUCCCUCUGUACUUUGCCCUCCAUUGCAAACUUUUAUGUAACAGAGAGCUCUCAUUAAUUCUCUGGGGGACAUCUCACCACUGCAAAUGUCGUUGGGGACAACCACGUCUAGACCAGCAAAUUGUAUAGAAUUGUCCCCACAGUGUUUGAAUGCUGCUGCGCCUGAAAUAUUAAUAGUUUUCACUAGAAACCUUUUUGCUAACACAAGUGUAUGUUUGUAGUAUCAGUGAUAAUUAGUUCUUAGUCUGCAUUCAUGUAUUGAUUAAAGGACCAGUAACACCUUGAGAUUGUUAUAUAAAAUGUUUAUUAAUGUGUAAUUAAACAACUUAUUUUUAUAUUUUCAUAAUUUAGUUUGCUCCCUUUUCAUGUAAUUUAACUCUGAAAACUGAGGUUUUUCUAAUUCCUAGAACUUAAAAUGCACCUGCUCCCAAUUGUGAUCACUAUGUCCUUUGUAAUUGUAUCAAUCAGCUAAUCAUUAAAUUAAAGACCAAAGUG